GUCACACAGCAGUCAACAAUCCUGAAAAGUCUCGACUCCUGAGUACACAAAUCGCUCAGCGGGGAGGCAGUGAUUGUUUGUGGCUCAACUGACUCUGAGUCAUUUCCAUUGUCGUCUCCCUUCAAUAUCUCACGAGCGUCCACGAGUACAAUGUCCCACUCUAGAAACCCCUCCAAAACCGAACUUCCCACCCGAGAGAAAGAGUCCAAGACUGAAGCCGGACAAAAGAUGGAGGCAAAAGGUGCUCCUGACAAGCCAAUUGGCAAAGCGGAAGCGAAACUUCCUCAAAAAACAGGCGGAAAGAAAAAGAAGAUGGAGGGUGCAGCGCUGAUUGGCAUUGAUGUGUCCAAAGAUGUCGACUUUUCGGAGUGGUAUCAGCAGGUCUUGCUGAAGGGAGACAUGCUCGACUACUACGAUAUCUCUGGUUGCUACAUCCUCAAGCCUGCCUCGCAGUUCGUUUGGGACGAGGUUAGAGCCUGGUUUGACGCGAGGAUCAAGAAGAUGGGUGUCAAAAACUGCUCCUUCCCUCUGUUCGUCUCCGAAGACGUGUUGAAUCGUGAGAAGGCUCAUAUUGAGGGGUUCGCAGCCGAGGUGGCAUGGGUGACCCAUGGAGGCAGUACCAAACUGGAGAAGAAGAUUGCCAUUCGCCCUACCUCCGAGACUGUCAUGUACCCUUACUACGCCAAAUGGAUUCAGAGUUACCGUGACUUGCCCCUCAAACUGAACCAGUGGAACUCGGUUGUCCGGUGGGAAUUCAAGCAUCCCCAGCCAUUCCUGCGUACACGAGAAUUUCACUGGCAGGAGGGUCAUACGGCGCAUCUAACCGAACAGGAGGCGGGAAAGGAGGUCCUGGAGAUCCUCGAUCUGUAUGCUCAGAUCUAUGAAGAGCUUCUAGCGGUCCCUGUCAUUAAAGGGAGGAAGACGGACAAGGAAAAGUUCGCGGGAGGACUGUAUACCACCACCGUUGAAGGGUACAUCCCUGCUACGGGGCGUGGUAUCCAAGGAGGUACCUCGCAUUGCCUGGGACAAAACUUCAGCAAAAUGUUCGGCAUCACCGUGCAAGAUCCCAACGCAAAGACUGAGGAGGAAAAGAAGAACCAGCUAUAUGUCUGGCAGAAUUCUUGGGGUCUCUCGACUCGUGUCAUUGGUGUGAUGGUCAUGAUCCACGGGGAUGACCGUGGUCUGGUAAUCCCACCUCGCGUCGUCGAAGUCCAGGUCGUCAUUGUGCCCGUCGGAGUGACAGCCAAAACCACAGAGGAGGACAGAGAAGCCUUGUACAAAGAAAUCGCGGGGCUGGUGGAGGUCCUCAGAGCUGUCGACGUCCGAGUAGAAGCGGAUUUCCGAGAGGGGUACUCCCCAGGGUGGAAGUUCAACGACUGGGAAUUGAAGGGGGUUCCUCUUCGUUUGGAGUUCGGACCUGGGGAGAGCAAGGGCCACUACGUCACGGCGUCUCGACGAGACCUUCCCAAAGCUGAGAGCAAGAGUCAGAUUGCCAUCAGUGAACUCAACACUGCCGUCCCGGAGCUGCUGAACACCAUCCAGAAAGACCUGUACGAUCGUGCGGAUGCCAAAUACAAGUCGCACAUCAAGAAAGUGACCAACUGGGACGACUUCGUUCCGGCACUGAACGACAAGAACGUCAUCCUGUUGCCUCACUGUCUGACUGAGGCAUGCGAGGACCAGAUCAAGGAGAACAGUGCCCGUAAGGCGGAAGAACAGAGCGGUGUCCCCCAAGACGAACGAGCUCCCAGCAUGGGUGCGAAGAGUCUUUGCAUUCCAUUCGACCAACCCGAGGGCAUCGAGAAGGGCGUGACCAAAUGCGGGAAUCCAAACUGCUCGAACCUAGCCGAGGCAUGGUGUAUGUUCGGCCGGUCAUACUAGUUGGAUGGAGGGAAGAAGGCAGCGAGGGCCCGAGAUAGACAAGACGGGGGGGUGACAUGUGGUAGACAUGUGGUAGACGACGAGAUGGCCGCGUUCAGAGCAUGCAUGCAUUGUUUGAGUCAAAUCUCCUUGAUCACGAGGGCGCUGUCGAGCAUAUCAGCUGUCACCGGGGGCACCACUGGGAGGGUGUCGGUGUUUGACGACAAGAGGCGAGGCUUGCUUAGCUUUAUCAGACACUGCACUGUCGACACAUGAUGGGUGCCCAUGGUUGGUCCCGGGGUCCAGGAACAGGAUAAGAUCACCCAACUGCGGCCCCUGCAGCCCAAUGGCAGCGGGCGUUUUCUCAGCGUCUGCUAUCAGGAGGUGCUUGGCCUGUGUCAAGAGCCCACUCCCUGGACGAUAAGCUCUUUCGGGGGCUUCAGGGUUGCGCAGGAGAUCGGAGGAGAGGAAGAGGGAAGAGGGCAUCGCUCACGAGUCACGAUAGACGCAGCCUAGAUGGCGUCAGAUGGAGAAAUGAAAAGGAUACAAAAGCAUCUUCCAGUUCCACCCUCUUGACAUUGAAACCAGGUCGGCCAGUCUCCUCCAGGUAUAUGUGAACGUGGCCCCCGUACCAAGUAAACUAACACCUCUGUUUUUCUCUCUCUUUCUUUCUUUUGCC